AAUUUUUAUUUCCUCGUUUUCGAAAAUGAAACUUGGCUCAUCUCCCUAUUGUACAUUCUUCACUUUGGAUUGGAGAAGAAGCAAGACUGAAGCUGGAAUUGAGAUCAGUGGAAACUGGAGACCUCUCCCAGGACGUCUGGUGCUCAACACAGGUGCAGGAGAAACAGAACCUCCUGAGUCAGAAGAGUGAUAAGCAAUGAGUUCCAAGCAGCAACUCGUGAAGCUAAACGAUGGUCACUUCAUUCCAGCACUGGGCUUUGGCACAUAUAAACCUGAAGAGGUUCCCGAAAAUAAGCCACUGGAGGCUAUAAAUUUAGCUAUCGAGGCUGGGUUCCGCCAUAUUGAUACUGCUUAUGUGUAUCAAACAGAAAAGGAUGUAGGGCAGGCUAUUCAAAGCAAGAUUGCAGCUGGUCUUGUGAAGAGAGACGACAUAUUUGUCACUACAAAGCUUUGGUGUACUUUCCUUAGACCAGAGCUGGUUCAAUCUAGCUUGGAAAAAUCAUUGAAAAAUCUUCAACUGGAUUAUGUUGACCUCUAUAUUAUUCAUUACCCGAUUUCGAUGAAGCCAGGGGAGGAUCUGUUUCCAGUAGACGAACAUGGGAAAACAUUAUUGGACACUGUGGAUAUCUGUGCCACAUGGGAGGUCAUGGAGAAGUGUAAGGAUGCAGGAUUGGUCAAGUCCAUUGGGGUGUCCAACUUUAAUAGCAGGCAGCUAGAGAAAAUCCUGAAUAAACCUGGGCUUAAGUACAAGCCUGUGUGUAACCAGGUGGAAUGCCAUCUUUACCUGAACCAAAGCAAGCUGUUAAACUACUGCAUGUCAAAGGACAUUGUUCUAGUUGCCUACUGCGCUCUUGGAUCUCAGCGACCUAAGCGAUGGGUGGACCCAAAUUCCCCAGUUCUCUUAAAUGAUCCAGUUCUUUGUGAAGUGGCAAAAAAGCACAAGCGAAGUCCGGCCCAGAUUUCUCUUCGUUACCAUCUUCAACGUGGGAUUGUGGUCCUCGCCCAGAGUUACAAAGAGAAUGAGAUAAAAGAGAACUUACAGGUGUUUGAAUUUGAGCUGCCUUUAGAGGAUAUGAAACUCCUAGAUGAUCUGAACAGAAAUUUAAGAUAUACACCUGCUCCAUUUGGUGAGGGCCACCCAGAAUACCCAUUUUCUGAUGAAUUUUAGUGUGAAGGCCUGUACCAUGACUUCUAUCCCAAGUCUAGAAGUCCCUCUAUAUGGAUACUGAUGUGGCUGACACUAGAGAUGCUGUUAAUGAAAAUGUAUCACUUCUGCUCCAUCUGAACUGCUUAACAACUCAACUUCAGCUAGAACUGGACCCACCAGUCCACCAUAACUCAUUACACUUUCAUUAUGUUUUGAAAUAACAUUAAAGUUUCCUAUAAAGGUC